GCAGCGUGACGACGGCUCUGACGUCAUUAACAGUCGACGGGACAUCUUCUUAUUCGCAUUGACUGAUCGGAGUGUAACACCAUACAUCAAGGAAGACCGGGCUAGAAAAUGCAGCUCUUCUGUAAAAUGUUUCUUCUGCUUCUGGGGAUUUCAAUGCCCCUGUGUGUCUCGGCUGAGCAGACAAAGGUAGUGGAGUUCAACGUCAAGCCGGGAGGAGUUGUGCAUACUUUCUCUGAGAGAAUCAGCGAGUAUGAGUGCAUCUUCACCUAUGCUUCACAAGGAGGAACUAAUGAGCAAUGGCUGAUGAGUGUGGGCCUGAGCGAAGACGAGCAGCUGUUUUCUUGCUCCGUGUGGAGGCCUCAGGGAAAAUCAUACCUGUUUUUCACCCAGUUCAAAGCUGAGCUGAAAGGAGCCAAAAUUGAGUAUGCCAACGCUUUUUCAGAAACAGCCGUGACAGGCCAGCGUGACGUACCUCUGAAGCCAGACGAAUUUACCGUAGGAGAAUCAACAGUGACCCAAAGAGAUGGAAAGUUCAGCGCUCAGCUUUCCAAACUGACCGUCAUUGGACGGACGAGACACGACGAGCUCUGAUUGGACAGAAGUCUCGCUCUGCCGUGACCAAUCACAGCAUCUCGGUGAACUGUGCUUCUGCUUGUUGGUAUCAGUGGAUUCCUGAGAAACGACCGAAAACUGAAGCAGGAUGAAGCUAAUCUUGGUUUGAGGGGACAUGGGGAACAUAUCCAGCCAUUUUCACUCAUUUUUGGAUUUGUUCUACGAAAGAUGAAGGAACCAACUGAUUAUCCAGACUUUUCAGGAUCAAAAUCGGCCAUAAGAUUACAUGCUUCUGUAGUUGUUUCUUAGUUUGUAAUGUAAAGCGAUUCUGGUUUGAUCCAGUGGGUGUGGGAAUGCAUAGAUUGGUGUUGGGAUGGGGUGUGUCCAGUUUAGAUAAAUUUUUAGAUUAGCAGGAGAUUUAUGCAUGUUGUGUAGUCCUGAGAGGAGAGUGAGUAAUCCCUGCUAUUGUGAAGCAGCACACAUCCAAUUGAAAUUGCUCUGUCUCGCUGCGAGCCGCACUGCUGAUGAAAGAAGCACUUCAGUGUCUCCGUUUAUCUACAUCUGCUGCAGAUAACUCAAAGCAUCACGUCUGAUUCCUCCAAACAUCAGCCAGUUGUUUGUUUCCUGCUAUUUCUCUCUGAUGAAACUAUACCACUUCAAAAAAUAUGUCACAAAAGAGAAUCAAAAUGAAAUAGAUUUUUUUUUUUAGGUAAUGCAAACUAUUGACUUGUUUGAGUCUAUAUAUGAAACUCACUGUAUGAUGAGAUUAGUAUUAAUGCUAUUCACAUGACCUAAUUGCUUAAACAGAAAAUAAUUUGUCCUCACUGCUCUGACUAGUAGGACAUAUUGAUGGAAUCGGUUAUAAUAUGUUUUUUAAGAAGUAUAACAGCACAUUCUUGUAGUUUUGAAACCAGGACUUUUUAAACCUUCAGCCAGCCCAUGCCUAGUAAGAUAUAGAGUCCUGAAAGGUCUGGAGGAAUAUAGAAAAAUAUUGUAUGUACUCCCUAUUCCACUGACUAAGUGCUAAAAAUUCAAAUGUCUCAAAAAUAAAAGCUUUUUUUUUUUGUUACAUAAAUAUUGAGAUAAGUUCCUUUAUCACAUAUUUCUUUGUUGUUCAACUCUCUGACUGGAAAUAAAUUCAUUUAAAAAUCCAAAAAGGGUCACCAUUCCACUACUUUAUUAGCCUCUAACAGUACGAACUCUUAAAACUGCUAGUUCUUAAAUUUUGCCAAACAAACCCAUUUAUUUUUACAACAGAUGGUGUGACUUUACAAGAAUAAGAUCUGGAAGAUAUAGAGUAUAUUUAAUGUAGGACUAUAGAUAUCCAAUAUCACUUUAUUCAAAUGCCAGAAGUGUUGAAACAGCCCUUUACCCACUGAGCUGAACAGAAAAGAAAUCUCAGAGUUGCUUUAAGUUUUCUGGUUGUAAUAAUCCCCAACCAGAUCAAAGUUUUGUAGUUAAAUGCUAUAAGAGCAGUUGUGGGGAGAAAAAUCUAGAAAUUGAAGUCUGGAACAUUAGUGCAGAUGUUUAACUCAAAAGUAAUAAAAUGUAAAUCAUGCUCAGACAUUUGGAGGUUUCUAGAUGAGGAAUAAAAAUGCCAGCACUCGCUCCCUCUCGAACCUCUGGCUUUCAUCUCUCUGUGCCACAUGUGGGGAUCAGUGAGAAUAUUGUGCAGGUUUCUGAAGUGCUUCAUUAUCACAUGCCCCUCAUCUCCCUCUCUCUCUCUCUUUCUCUCCCCUUCUUCUUCUUCUUCUUCUUCUCUGCUCUCCCCUUUCUCUGUUCUCUUUAUCUUACUGGCAUUGAUCCAAAGCCUCAAACAGCACAAGUGUCCAAGGCUUGAAUUCAGAUUGGAGGAUUUCUCUGAUUUGACUCUGCUCUUGGAUUAGCUGGGAUAGGCGGCGUACCUUCGGUGUCUUUCAUCUGUUGUCGAGGCGAUCCCCCGGAGUGGAGGAAACGCCGGGUCCCUUUGUCACCAUCCAGGCUCUCUUUCUCUCUCAGGGGGGGUCAGAACAGGAACAGAUCACACCUGGACCUCGACCUGGCUCUGAGAAAAAAAAACAAAAAAACAAAACAACAAAAACACAACUUGCAUUAUUAACUUUGUACAUGCGUCCUUUCCUUUUCUACCUGUUGAUUGCUGUGAAUCAUGAUGAAACUUGAUGGGUGUUUGAAUAAAGGCACGUUGUCACCUCGGUGGA